GGGAAGAUGCCGUCGGUUUCGAAAGCUGUGUCGCGGGGCGGCGGGGCCGGUGGGUCCCCGCAGACCGAGCAGCCGACGCAUUAUACGUAUCUAAAGGAAUUUAGGACAGAGCAGUGCCCCCUAUUUUUGCAGCACAAGUGUACCCAGCACAGACCAUUUACCUGUUUUCAUUGGCAUUUCCUAAAUCAGCGUCGUCGUAGACCUAUACGAAGGCGUGAUGGGACUUUUAACUACAGUCCAGAUGUUUAUUGUACAAAAUAUGAUGAAACUACAGGAAUCUGCCCAGAUGGAGAUGAUUGUCCUUACCUGCAUCGAACAACAGGGGAUACAGAAAGGAAGUAUCAUCUCAGAUAUUACAAGACUGGAACAUGCAUUCAUGAAACAGAUGCCCGGGGUCACUGUGUGAAGAAUGGAAUUCACUGUGCCUUUGCCCAUGGUCCACAUGACCUUAGGCCACCAGUAUAUGAUACAAGAGAACUUCAGGCGCAGGAAACCUUACAGAAUGGGCAGCUAGGAUGUGGUGAGGCUAUUCCAGAUGUGCAACCAGGAAUUUUAGCAAGCCAGGCAAUGAUUGAGAAGAUCCUUAGUGAAGAUCCAAGAUGGCAGGACACAAAUUUUGUGUUAGCUGGCUACAAGACAGAGCAGUGCACCAAGCCACCCAGACUCUGCCGCCAGGGUUAUGCCUGUCCGCACUACCACAAUAGUCGCGACAGAAGACGAAACCCCAGAAAAUUCAAAUACAGGUCCACUCCUUGUCCCAGUGUAAAACAUGCAGAUGAAUGGGGUGAACCUUCAAGGUGUGAAAAUGGAGAUAGCUGUCAAUAUUGCCAUUCUCGUACCGAGCAGCAGUUUCAUCCUGAGAUUUACAAAUCUACCAAGUGCAAUGACAUGCGGCAGACAGGCUACUGCCCGCGCGGCCCCUUCUGUGCCUUUGCACACGUUGAAAAGGACACCAUGAAUGUAGUCAUACUGAACACUGGGUGUCAAUCACAGCCAGGAGCUCACCUGUUUUCAGCAGACAGCGUAGGAAUUGCAAAUGAAUGGAGCAGCAGUCUUAACUCCACAAACAGCAUUACAGAUAGCAGUGGGCAGUCUGGAAAUAUUUCCUGUUCUUCAAGUCCAACUGUAACAUCAAGUUCUGGUAGCACUAGUUCUUUAUCACCCCUUGGACCACUUUGUAGGCAGAGAUCAUUAGCAAAUGGUGGUUUGUGUUCUGAGUCUAGCACAUCAGCUGUUUCUUCACCCACAUCCAGCUAUCCAAAAGCACCAGGCUUUGAACGAGAAGAUCAGGCAAAGCAUCGAAGCUUCCCCGCUGAGAAUCAGCAGACAGUAAAUGAACAAGACAACAAGCAGAACCACCUCAGUGUUUUUUCAGCAGUUAACCCGCUUGCUUCAAGUAUAACUUCCAGUCUGGCCUCCAGUCUUGGAUCAGAUAGUUCAUCUCCUACAGCUGUCUCUGCUAUCAGUGCCAAAGCUCUCCAGUUCUACUCCGGCAGUAACACAGUUGAGUCAGUAAUAGGUUCUGCUUUAGAUUUGCAUUUUAAUGACGUGAACGUCGCAUCCAUAGAUAGAGAAUUAGAAGAUCAAGAAGGCAGUGACCUUGGAUUAGCAAGUCAAAGAUUACUGGGAAGCUCAGCACCUGUCAAUAUUCCAGGUUCUCUUGUUCGUUCCUCGUCUUUACAUUCAUCAUCAUCCCUCUCAACCUCUCCGCUCAGCUCUCUUUCGCAGUCACUCUCUCAGUCUUUUGCGUCAUCCACUACGGUUCCUCACCACCAGCAGCCUCAGCCUUUGAAGACAGAGCAUAGUAUGUUAGGCACCUCAGCCUCUUCUCACAACUCUUUAGGUUUAAAUGGUGUUACAGGGAGCAUUUGGGAUUUUGUAACUGGCAGUUUCUCUCCGAGUCCUUCCCCAGUACUAAGCAGUGGCACUACCCCCUCAAUAAGUUCAAGUGCCAAUGGGAAUGAACUAACUCGAGUUAGACAGGAACUUGAUGAUGCUAAGAGAAAACUAAAACAAUGGGAAGAAUCUUGGCAACAAGUGAAACAGGCAUGUGAUGCAUGGCAGAAAGAGGCUCAAGAAGCAAAAGAACGUGCGACCAUCGCGGAUGCGGACAAACAACUCGCCCUUCAGAAGAAGGAGGAAGUGGAAAAUCAGUUAAGAAAGCUGAAGGCACAAUUAGCUUCUUGCCUGUCUACUGCAUUACCUUAUAUGAAAAACUAUGGAGAUAUAGAGAAGACAUCCUUGCCAAAGCUUCUUUCUUUACAAAAUCGGCUGCACCUAGAUUUAGAAACAAUAGAUGAGGUGAUUUUUCAGCUUCAGUCAAAGAAGUGUGUCCUAUGUCAAGAAGAUGAUCGUGGCAUUAUCCUGAAUCCAUGCCAACAUUAUGUACUUUGUGAUCACUGUGCAGCUGCACAAGAAGAAUGUCCCUGCUGUCAGAAAAACAAUAAUCUCUGGUAGUAGACAGGAGUGGUACUCGUGCCCUGCUCCUGAGGGAAAGCAUUUUGAGUUCCUGUAUUUUAGAUAAGAAUGAUGUCCCUCGUAAUUAACCCAUUGAAUAGUGGUAGAAUGAUUCCCAUUUUGAUGUGAUAAACUCCAUUGUCUUAAGAUAGAGAAUAAGGCUUGCUCACCUUUACAUAUCAGCUUCAGUCCUUUGAUGAAGCUCUAGAGUCCUGAGGUGGUUACAUUCCCUCCCAAUCUCAUGGCAGCCUUUUCUGACUUCCACUUAACGUUGCACAAGCUACUUAGGUUCAUUUGCACUUUGUAUGAAUCUUACCACGAUGCCUGAAUGAAAUGUUUGUGUCUGUUAUUUUCAUCAACAGAGGAUGGAUGUGUAGCUACAGUAACUACACACAGCAGCACAAGUGGCCCCUUGGCCCUGUCUGUUGCGUGUGAAAUGCCGGAGCCAGGAUUUCGGGAUUGGCCUAACACUAUGUUUACUUGGAUGUUUGAAAAACUCUUGAUUAAUAUAAAAGCACUUUUUAAUUAUUGUGUUCUGUUGGAAGAGAUGUUGCAAAUUGCUUCAAGCUGCUUUCUAGGUCUGAUUGUUUAUUUUUUAAUAUGCAAUAAUAGGGUGUGUUAUAUGUGUACUGUGAAUGUAAAAGUAUUCCACAUGGUUUUACUGUUAAACCACAAUAUGGUGACACAUAGAAACGACAACUUAAUGUAGUUUUUCUACAGUUUAUAAGUUAACUGCAUCCUGUAGUGCUUAGAAAUGUUACCAGCAGAGACAGAAAACAGGGAUGGCACUUCUGCUUUCAUCUCCAAACACGUGGUUUCAAUUUUGUGAGAGAGAGAGAGCAGCUUUUAGUAUUCCAACUGUGCGCUUUCAUAUUUCCCUCAGUUUGGGUGUUUAUAGUCUUCAAAGUGUUUUGUACAUCUCCUAACCUGAUCAGGAGCAGAUAUGAUGUGUGUAGUUAUUACCAAGUGCCUAUGCCCAGUAUCCAAUAAAAUGGCAGAAGACAUCCAAA